CCUUUGCUUAAUGGAAAAUGGAAAAUGGAACGUAUUUUUACUUGAUGUUGUUUGAAAAUAUUGGGUACAUAAGAUAUGCUUUCUUCAGUUUGGGAAUUAUUCUAUACUGUGCUAUUAUAUUCUUUAAUGCUAUUAUAAUUCUUGCCAUUUUUCUUGAAAGGACAUUACACCAGCCCAUGUACAUUCUGAUUUCAUGUUUGUCCUUCAACUCUGUGUUUGGAACAGCUGCUUUUUUCCCAAGGUUACUGACAGACUUGCUGUCUGAUACACACUUGAUGUCCCGUGAAGCAUGUCUCUUACAGGCUUUUGUCAUUUAUUCAUAUGCAUCAAAUGAAAAUACAAUAUUAAUGUUAAUGGCAUUUGACAGAUAUGUAGCAAUCUGUAAACCUUUACAAUACAACAGCAUAAUUACUCCCAGGAUUUUAUCUGUUUUAAUAGCUAUAAGCUGGAUUUAUCCAAUGCUUUGUGUUGGCAUUACUGGUAUUUUAAAUGCCAGACUGACUAUGUGUGGUAACAAACUUUGGAAGGUGUAUUGUCACAACUGGGAAAUUGUCAAGCUUUCUUGUUCAAACACUAUUAUUAUUAAUGUUUUUGGCUUUUUCAUAGUGGCCACAACUCUUAUCAUGCCGUUAAGUUUUAUAUUAUAUUCCUAUGUUAAAAUUCUGAUCAUUUGUACACAAAGCUCACCAGAGUUCAGGAUAAAAGCAUUUCAAACUUGUAUUCCACACAUGGUGAUCCUUUUAAAUUUCUCUAUUGCUAUUUUUUGUGAGGUCACUUUGAGUCGGUUUGUGACUUCGGAUCUCCCUAUAGGGCUCUCGAUUAUUCUUUCACUGGAGUUUCUUGUUGUACCACCCAUCCUGAACCCUAUUGUUUAUGGUCUGAAUUUUCCUGAAAUUCGUAAAAAAAUUAUAUGUAUUAUAAAAGCAUCCAAAUAGCUGUGUUUUUGAUGUAAUAGAUAAUACAGAAUGUUUAUGAUAUUCAGCAAAAAAUCAUUGUUUAAUCAUUGUUUUAUUUCUUACUAUGCUUUGUAAUCAUAUACAUUAUAUGUUAUCUGCAAAUUUAACAUUCCCAGUAAAUAUCUGACACAAUUGUAUAUUUAUAGGCCUAUACAUAUAAUUUAUUAUUUAGCCUGGCUAAAUGAGCGAACACUGUUACUUCAUUCCUGGCAGGGGUCAGACAGACCCUAAGUCACCUCUCAGAUACCAAAUACAGACAUUGCUUGUAACAUUAAUAACUGAAUAAAUGCAUUUAAUAAAAAAAAAAAAAAAAAGUUUCCCUAGUUCUUAUACAAUAAAAGAAGGGGAUUUUAAAAUCCACCCCUUCAUAUUAACUCUUUCCUCGGCAUUGAUGGAAUUUUCCCAAGAGGUCCUCGCCGCAGCCUGUAGCCCAAUGAUAGCGGAUUAGAUCCAUUACAUAGUGAAAGUCUUAAC